CACACACUUUGAGGCCCUUCUAUUGGUGCAUAUGCACAAUGUUCUCGACUUUUUGAAUUAACUUGAUAGAGCUUACGAUCUUAGAAGCUUGAGAAUUACUUGACAGGCUUACCCUUUCUUCUUCGUACAAUCAUCUCAUCUUACCCUUUACUGAAAUCACUACACUAGCUGUGUCAUUUUGCAAUCAUGGCUCAUCGUGAUCAUCCAUCAGCAAAGCCAGCUCCACGUACUCUGCUCAAUUUGGGCAAUUUACCUCCAAAACGUCAAGGUUUCGGAGCAACAAAUAACUUCCCUCGUACGGCUUCUCGUGUAGACCCAAACAAUCCACCAUGGCCAGCUUACAGAGGGUACCACGAAUUCAGUUUUGCCCAUGAAACGAUGGGAAAACGAUUGCCAACCAUUCUGGGCAAAGCAAUCGACGAUACGAUCAAAACAUUGAAUGAACAAUCGGAAGAAGAGAUGAUGGUAGAUUUGAACGGAUGCAUUGACCGUAUGCACGUCUUAAUGCACGAUCUACAAAACAAUGCCAAACUUCGACCAAUCAAAGAUGAUGGUGAAGGUGAUAUCCCCCUUUGGAACAGAGAAUUGGCAAAGUUUUUCCGCGAAUCAACUUUCUUGAACAGUCCUUGGCUGUUUGCUGAAGCAUACAAAUACCGCAGAUUGCAUGAAUGUUUCUCAAUCUCAAAGUAUUGGUCGACUUAUGAUGUCUUUUUCCGUCAAAAGUGUGACACUUUCUCACGCAGUAAUACGGCCGUCUUUGAGCUCUCUCAAAGAUUCGCAGAACCUUUCCAUUACGAAGCAAAUGCAUCGGAAGAUGAAAAGUUGAAAGCAAGAGAAUUACUCUUCCACGAGCUCACACAAGUUUGCUUGUGGGGUAAUGCAACCGAUUUAAGCUUAUUGAUCAACAUGACUGAAGACGAUAUCAAGAACUUACAAUCUACCGGUGGUGAACAUCUUGCAGCCACUGAAAAAAACAUUUUGGGUAAUCACUUGGACAGACUAUGGAAAUUGGUCAGCAAUAUGAAAGGAGGCAGAAUCGAUUUCGUUUUGGAUAAUGCCGGUUUCGAGUUGUACUGUGAUUGCGUUUAUGCAGAUUGGUUGGUUCAAUCAGGCAUUGCUUCUGAGAUUCACUUCCAUGGUAAACGAUUCGCUUGGUUCGUUUCUGAUGUUACCCGUAAGGAUUGGAAUUGGCUCUUGAACUCAAUGGUUCAUGGUAGUUUGUUCUCCGGCGCAACGGAUGAUCAAAUUGCCAGUUUACGUCAAAUCGGACAUCGUUGGAAGCAAUACGAAAAAGAAGGAAAAUGGGUUUACGAACAACAUCCAUUCUGGUGCACAGGAUAUACGUUCUGGAGUAUCAGUAAUGAAGCUCCAGAUUUGUUCUUGCAUUUGAGCGAGAGUGAUUUGGUAAUCUUCAAAGGUGAUUUGAACCAUCGUAAAUUGACAUACGACUGUCAAACGCCAAGCGAUUUGCCUUUCAAUAUGGCAAUCGGUCCUUUGGCAAGCGAAGAUGGUGCACCACCUGUGGCAAGUUUGCGUACGAUCAAAUCUGAUGUCGUCGUAGGCGUGGACAACGAAGUUGCUGAACGAUUGGACAAAGAAGAGCCCGGCUGGCGAAUUUCAGGAAAGUAUGCAGUAGUGCUCCUUUCCGAUGGUCGCAAGGACGUUCCAGUCAAAUUGGGCAAAUGAUGUGUCUCCACCACACAGGGCCUGACGUGAACAAAUGGAUUUUGACUUGCUGCUGAAUUUUAUCUCAAACACGACGAAAACAUGUAAUUCGAUUGAAUGACUUCUUCCUGAUGAAAUUUAUGAAAUGACUACGAUACAAUAUGAUAACUUGAUAACGACAGCAACGGAAAUGGAAAUGCAAGAAUGUGAGUGC